AUGGAUAAAGAUAUUCUUAAACCACCAAGCACUCAUAAUAUAUAUGAUGAUUUAUCUACUGAAACUCCAGCUUCUUCAUCCAAUUAUAUUUCCUCAAGAAGACUUAAACAAACCAUACCAAAUAGUGGUAUUAUCAAUGUUGAAGUGGUCGGAAAAAAUCAAAUCAGUAGCAGAAAUAAGGGUAAAGCUGUCGAAUAA